UUAGACCUGUCACUACAUAACCCACGUGCGUUAACCUUGUCAAUCAAUAUUAAAUACAAAUAAUUAAAUAAAAUUAGUUAUAAACAAAUAAAUAUAAAGUUAUAAACAAAAAAUGAAGCGCCUGUCCGACGAUCGCACCAAGCUAUUAUUCGAAAAAUUAGCAAAAUAUAUUGGACCGAAUAUCAAACAACUAAUAGAUCGCCCAGAUGGAACUUAUUGUUUCCGUGAACACAAAGACAGAGUUUUCUAUGUAUCAGAAAAAAUUUUACGCCUAGCCGAAACCGUAUCACCUGACAACCUGCUAUCAGUAGGCACAUGUUUUGGAAAGUUUACAAAAACGAAUAAAUUUAGAUUGCACAUAACAGCACUCACGUUCUUAGCUCCAUAUGCUCCUUAUAAAAUCUGGGUCAAGCCUUCUGCAGAGCAGCAAUUCUUGUAUGGAAAUCCUGUCCUCAAAUCCGGUUUAGGACGUAUCACUGAGAACACCGAGAAAUACCAAGGUGUUGUGGUUUUAUCAAUGAGUGACUUGCCUCUAGGUUUUGGUGUUGCUGCCAGAUCCACAGCCGAGUGUAAACAUGCCGAUCCAAUGACUACCGUAUGUUUCCAUCAAGCAGAUAUUGGUGAAUACGUGCGAUCAGAAGAUACUUUAAUAUAAGUUUAAAUUAAUGUAUUUGGUUUAAUAAAAUAUAGUUUUGUAAGUAA